UAUUAUUUAACUCUGGCUUUAUACGAGCGACCUCACCUUAUUUUAUUUUCCUUUCUCCGAAGCGAGCUGUUCCGUUUGUCAGACUUCAGGCUAGAACAUAUUUAGCAGCGAGAACACUCUAUGCAGGCCACAAUGGACGAGGAAAUAUUCAACACGAUUCAGUCCUCGAUUACGAGCGUGUUGAUUACGGCCCAAAACGCGCAGAACAAGGAGGCGUCGGAAAGCGCUAUCGCGCAGUUUUUGCAAUGGGAGAACAACUAUUUUCCGAUGUGGAUGACGGCGCUCGCGUUCGAGCUGGCGGACGACUCGAAGAAGGAGUCGCCGUCCAGGCAGAUUGCGGGGCUCACCUUUCGAAGGAACUUGGAUGCGGACACGCCCGAGAGGAUGCAGAUGGUGGUCAAGAGGUGGCUGGAGAUAUCGGUCGACGUCAGAGCGCACAUCAAGGCUAAGCUCUUGGACACGAUGGGUUCCGAGGUGGCGAAGUACCGCCACCUGGCGGCGCAGUGCUUCGGCCAGAUUGCCGUGCUCGAGAUAUCCUCGUGGAUAGACUGCAUUGACGUGCUGCACAGGAUUAUUUUGCUGCAGGGCUCCGAUUACUUGAAGGAGGCCGCGCUCAUCGCGCUCGAGACCAUAUGUAGGUCCGCGCCGCCGCAGGAGUACUCCAAGAAGUCCAACAAGGUUGUCGAGGCCAUCAACUUCGGCAUGGAGUCUCCUUAUGUUGAGCUCAAGAUUGUCGCCACCAAGGCGCUCUUGGCGGUCGUGGGCUCCAUGUCCGCCGACGACCUCGCUAUAGACGACUGCAAGGGCUUCCUCGCGCAGGCGCUCAACGCCGCCAACUUCGGCGACGCCUCCGUUCGGCUCUACGCUUACGAGUGUUUGGUCGUCAUGAUAAGCCCUUACUACUACCACCUCGAGUUGGUCAUGGACAAGAUCUACGAGACCACGCUCAACUGCAUUCGCACCGACUCCGAGCGGGAAGUGGUGCUCCAGGCAAUCGAAUUUUGGACCUCUCUCAGCGAGGAGGAGGCUUGCAUAGCCGACGAAAACGCGCGACGUCUCGACCAGGACCCCGCUUGCAAGGAGCAGCUGCAUCCCAUGUACCAUUUCGUCUCCAAAGCGGCUCCCACUCUAUGCGACGUGCUGUGCCAGUGCGUGGAGAGGGAAAUCGACCUCGACCUCGAGCAGUGGACCAUAACCAGCGCCGCCAGCGCCUGUCUGAGCGCCAUCUCCGUCGUCAUCACCAAGGACGUUAUUCCCCUCGUUAUGCCCUUCAUCAACACCAAAAUCGUGGCCAACUAUGACAACGCCCGCGCCUCCGCCCUCCUCGUCUUCGGCGCCAUCAUGGACGGCCCCACCAUCGACGAUGUCAAGGCAACCAUCGUCAGCUCCCUCCCAGUCGUCCUGAGCUGUCUCAACUCCCAAACCCAACUUGUCAAGUCCACCGCCGCCUGGGUCCUCCGCCGCAUCGCCCAAUACCACGCCCCAGCUCUCAACGAUCACGCCCAACUCGAACCCUACCUCCGCGCCCUCUGCCAAUCCCUCAACGGAGACGCCAGGAUCGCCGCCAUCUGUUGCGAGGCCAUCGAAAAACUCGCCGGGUCCGUCGACAAACCCAGCCCGGAAAACCCACUCAACCCCUACUUCAACGACCUCUUCUGCGCCCUCCUCGCCGCCAGCAACCGCCCCGACGCCUACCGCGAAAACCUCAGGCUCUGCGCCCUAGAAGCCCUCCGCAUCCUCAUCCUCGUCGUCCCCGAAGACUCCCUCGUCAUCGUCGAGGGCGCCCUCACCCACUUCGCCUCCUACCUCGGCAACACCGUCCUCUGCGGCAACAACCCCGAAAUCAGCGAACUCCAAGGCCAACUCUGCGGCAUCCUCGCCACCUGCGUCUCUCGCCUCGGCAAACGCAUCGAACCCCUCUCCCCCAACGUCAUGGAACUCAUGUUCAACCUCAUGCGCAGCAGCACCAGCUCCUCCGUCCACCAAGAGUGCUUCAUGACCAUCUCCUUCGUCGUCCAAGCCCUCGGCGAACAAUUCCAACAAUUCCUGCCCUCCUACGUCGAAUUCCUCUUCUACGCCCUCGUCCACUGGGAAGACACCGACCUCUGCAAACAAGCCGUCUACAGCGUCACCGACCUCUGUCUCUACCUCCCAGAACAAUUCAAAGUCUACUCCCAACGCGUCAUCGAAAUCCUCCUCUUCAACGUCGUCCAACCCAACAUCUCCCCCUACCUCGCCCCCAACAUCGUCAGCUGCCUCUCCGACGUCGGACACACCCUCGGCAACGACUUCGUCAACCACCUCCCCAAAACCAUGGGCGUCCUCAUCAAGGCCAGCGAAAUCGCCACCACCAAAACCACCGACAUCACCGACACCGAGCAAAUCGAAUCCGUCAACAUGUGGCGAGAAACCAUCCUCGCCGCCUACUCCAUGCUCAUCCUCACCUUCACUCGCGACAAGAAGAACGAGCUAAAGGACUACAUCCCAAACAUCAUACUCACCCUCAAAGUCAUCGCCGACGACUCCGGCUCGCGCGUCGACUCCAUCUCUCGCGCCAUGUGCUGUCUAAUCCUAGACCUCUCCGAGUACUUCGGCAGCCUCUUCUCCGCCCAGCUCAGAACCUUCCUCCCCUUCAUCACCCAGGUCAUGAACUCCAGCUUCAGCUCCCCGGAAACCACCCGGAGCGCCAAGCUCGCGAAAGAAGUCGUCGAGAAACUAUAAAAAACUCCCCUUGAAUGUAUACACACACAAACGCGCACAAACCUGUCGCGCAACGAACCCCCCUUGUAACCGUUCAAAAAAUGACACAAAAAAAAAAAAAA